AUCUGCGUUAUUGGAGAUGCCUUCGUCGAUAUCCUCGCCUGCCCCCUCGAUCGCAUGCCUUCAUGGGGGUCGGACGUGGAUUGUCCGUCCAUCUCCCAGCAUCCCGGAGGAUCUGCGCUGAACGUCGCCAUUCACCUUGGCGAGCUCCUCCGAGGCACCCCCCACACCUGCUCUUUCUACGGGCUCGUGGGGGACGACGAGUUCGGGCGCUUCCUUCGUUCCAAGCUGGCCGACUCCAACGUUGAAGACAGGACGCAGAGCUCGGGAGACUCUGAGGCCUCGACCGGCGUCUGCAUCGUCCUGUCGGGAAGCAACGACCGUGGCUUCGUCACCCACGUCGGCGCUACCAGCAAGCUAGGGGUUGGGCACCUGCAGGAGAUCCUCGAGGUGGACUGCAGGAGGAAGAGGCUUCACGUGCAUGUGUCAGGGUUCUACUCCUGCCCCUCCCUCCAGCAGCAGCUCCCCGCGUUCCUGGACAAGCUGAGGGAGGAGGCGAGCAGCAACUCCUGCAAGCUCACCAUCUCCCUGGACACCAACGGCGACGCCUCGGACCUCUGG